GUACUUUACUCCAACUCAGUAAAUAACAACUCAAUUGCAAACCCACAAAAUGCUCCGAUCAAGUAUACGGCAGUUCACAACCACCGCUGUGCGCACCGCUUCUCUCGAAGCCCCAAGCGCAUAUUCAAUUGGCAUCUCCAAAUCCCAAGGCAUCGUAAAAGGACUUACAGGAGGUUUGUUCCCCUCCUACCCCUCCACUCUUCUUCCCAUCCAAUACUAACAAAUGCCCCCCAAGCAAUCGGCAACACCCCCCUAAUCCGCCUGAAUACCCUCUCCCAACAAACCGGCUGUGAAGUCCUCGGCAAGGCCGAAUUCAUGAACCCAGGCGGCUCAGUAAAAGACCGCGCAGCCCUCUUCCUCGUGCAACACUUCGAGUCCCUCGGUCUGCUCAAGCCAGGCGGGACAGUGGUCGAAGGCACGGCGGGGAACACCGGGAUAGGACUGGCGCACGUCUGUCGCUCCAAAGGGUAUAAACUAGUAAUCUACAUGCCCAAUACGCAAUCGCAGGGGAAAAUCGAUUUGCUACGCUUAUUAGGCGCAGAGGUGUAUCCGGUUCCUGCAGUGGCAUUCGAUAACCCAGAGAAUUACAAUCACCAAGCGAAACGACUUGCGGAGAGUUUAGAGAAUGCAGUUUGGACGAAUCAAUUUGAUCACACGGCGAAUCGUCAGGCACAUAUUGAGACCACCGGCCCAGAGAUCUGGUACCAGACCAAAGGAAAGGUGGAUGCGUUUACCUGCGCGACUGGGACCGGAGGUACCUUGGCAGGCGUAACGAGGCAUCUAAAAGAAAAGUCUGAUGGGAGAGUAAAAUGCUACCUUGCUGAUCCGCCGGGGAGUGUCUUGCAUUCUUAUAUUAGCUCGGGUGGGGAUCUGACAGAGAGAAGUGGUUCGAGUAUUACAGAGGGGAUUGGGCAGGGAAGGGUGACGGAUAAUUUACAACCUGAUAUUGGGUUGCUAGAUGGGUCGAUGACGAUUAGUGAUGAGAAGAGUAUUGAGAUGGUCUAUCGGUGCUUGGAUGAGGAAGGCUUGUAUCUGGGAGCCAGUUCGUGUUUGAAUGUUGCGGCUGCGAAGGAAGUUGCUGAGAAGUUGGGGAAAGGUCAUACGAUUGUUACAGUCCUGUGUGAUGGUGCGUAUAGAUAUGCGGAUCGUCUGUUUUCGAAGAAGUGGUUAGAAGAGAAGAAAUUGCUUGAUGCGGUACCUAAGCACCUGAAGAAAUACAUAGUGCUUCCAUAA